AUGGAAAAUGAUGUAAUCUUUCAGGACAAUAAUGUUCUAAAAUUUAUUGAUGACUUUUUUGGUAUUCCUAAAAACGAUCCAAAUAGUUUUGAAACUUUUCUUGCCACUAAAUUGCGAAACAAAGCAAUUAAUAUUGCAAUUCAAGAUCUUUCAGCUUCUGGAAAAAGUACUGUUAUUUCUUUAUUAUUACGCUAUUAUGAUACUAUAUCUGGAAAUGUUAAUUUAGAAAAUGUGAACGUCAAAAAUUGGAAUUUGGAAUAUCUUAGAAGUAAAUUAUCCUUUGUUGAACAAGAGCCAUUACUAUUUAAUGUUUCGAUUAGAGACAACAUUGCAUAUGGAAAAGAUAUUUGUACUCGAGAAGAAAUUGAAGCAGCAGCAAAAAUUGCAAAUAUUCAUGACUUUAUUGAAAGCUUACCUCAAGGAUAUGACACACCCGUUGGUCAUAAAGGCACCCAAUUAAGUGGAGGACAAAAACAGCGAAUUGCAAUUGCUUGUUCUUUAAUUCGAAAUCCUAAACUUUUGCUUCUUGAUGAGGCAACUUCUGCUUUGGAUUCCGAAUCCGAAAAAUUGGUUCACGAAGCAAUUGAUAGAGCAAGUAAAAAAUUUACAACAAUUAUAAUCGCUCACAGAUUAUCAACAAUUCAAAAUGCAGAUAUGAUUUUAGUUGUAAAUAAAGGUAAAAUUGUUGAGACAGGAACUCAUUUUGAGUUAAUUGCUCAACAUGGAUUAUACUCUGAAUUAGUUAACAAACAA